AUGGAUCAAGAAGGCCAGCCAUUGCUUUCAAAAGAGUUUCAACAGGUUCUACUGGCUACAGCAUCCGGAAACAAUUCAUCAUGGACGGAAAGGACUGUUUCCAACAAUGAAAGCACUGACGCAGUGAAACACGAUCUCACGCUGGGACAGAACGAAGUCUUUGAUUUAGAUCCCUUGUCUUUUGAUAAAUGGGUACCCUUUUUAAGAAAUACACUCGAUAAAAACCAAUUGGACCCCGUUAUUGAUGAAUUGGAGAACUCUGUUGAAGAUAACUUCCAAGGCCUGGAAUUGCAAUUAUUACAAGACUCACAGAUAAACGAUAAACUGGAAACAUCGAUAGACGAGAUUGCAAACAUUCAAGAUAUGGUUCAAGAUACUUUAUCCAGCGAAAUAUCCAAGUUUCAAAUGAAAUUAAGCGAAUCAGCCAAUGAACUAAUUGUCAAAAAACAAAUGUAUGUUAAUAACAAAAAAAUAUCACUAAAAAUAUCUGAAGCCACCAUCUUGAUCACUAAAGUUGUUAGAAUCUUAGAAUUAUCAAGCAGAUGCCAAGAGUUGAUCACUGAAAGGAAAUUUUUCAAAGUCUUACAAAACCUGGAUAGUUUAGAAAAAUUGUAUUUACAAGAAUUUAAGAACUAUAAUUUUCAAUUUUUAAUUGAAAUUUACAACUCUAUACCUUUUUUGCAGAAAGUUACAAAGGACGAAUGUAUCAACCUGAUAAGAAACUCUCUGAAUUCGAAUCUAGGGAAAAACCUGAUAAAAGUGGGGCAAGAAUUCAUGGCAAUUUACGAAAACGAGUUGUUGCCGCAGUGGCUUGAAACUAGAACCAAAAUGAAACUGACGAAUUUCAAAUUCAAUUCACCUGUGGAGAUUUCCAUGAGGGACGAAACUUCUUUGGCAAAGCUAAACUUGAACGAAUUUUUCCAAUUGGACGACUUUCACGAUUCUAUUAUGAUUUUCCAAAGUUUAAACGAACUGAACUCUCUCUCUAGUGAGUUUAGUAAGGAAUAUGAAUUAAGGAAAACAAAACUGUUGUACCCAUUAAUUUGGAAGAAGAAUAAAACUGUUACUUAUCAGAUGAAUUCGUUAUUACGCGGCACUGGUGCCUCUCCGGGUGUUGCUGGUCAUGAUGCUUCUUCAGAUGAUGUGUUUACACAGAGUUUAAGUUUACCGUUUUUACAGGAUUAUUUUUUGAAGAUUCUCGGGUUCUUAUUGUAUGAUAUUAACUUAAAUAAAGCCACCGAAUUUACCCUUGUUAAUAAUGACUAUAACUCCACGAAUGAAUUCUGGGAUGGACUUAUGGAUAGAUUGUCGCCAUAUUUGAAGUAUUUCAUCGACGAAAAGCUUGAAACGGAGACGGAUAUGAUUAAAUUCAAAGAUUUUCUUUGUCUUUGUGUUGCAAUUUUGGAAAACUUUAAAUUGAACAUCGAACCUCUCUACAAAAUCUUGGUUUCGAUUUUUGAGAAAUUCUGCUCUGUAUCCUUGAGGGCCUUCAACGAUGAGUUUCAAAUUUUGUUAAAUGACGACGAUUUCAUGCCCCUGUCGAUCAACGACAAGACAUUAUAUGACAAAGUUCUAAAGAUUUGCUGGAUGAAGGAAGACGAACAUCUCCACUUGCCGGACCCAACGAGCGAAGAACCAUUUUCCGUGAUUCUACCUUUCUCUCCAUUAUACCCGAUGACAUGCACCCUGGCCAAAAAAACGUACUCUAGAAUAACCGCGUUCUUAUCCAUAUUUUAUCGCCAUGAAUUACACACUCUGAAUAAUAUUUUAAUUAAAGCAAUGGAUGAUAUAUUCAAUGACAUUGUUAAUAAAAAAAUCCGCUCUAAACUUGAAAGUACCUCAAGAGAAGAAAUUGCACAGAUUUUAAUUAAUUUGGAUUACUUCAUUAUAGCAGCAAAAGAAUUUAGUAAUUUUAUGACAAGAGAAAAUAUUUUACAAAACUCAGAUAUGGAAAUACAAUUAUCAUCGAUCAAGCAUCUUGCAGAAAGCAGAAAGCUAGCAGAAACAAAAUUAAUUGAACUAAUCGAUUCUAAGAUAUCAGAUAUUCUCGAAACGAUAGAGAUUGACUGGCAAACAAGGGAGAUAAGACAAGAUCCUGAUAUUUCCAUUAUUGAUCUGGCGCAAUUCUUAGAAAUGAUGUUUGCUAGCACGUUACAAAACCUACCAUACAGUGUUCAAACACUGUUGAUUUUCCGUGAAUUUGAUUCUCUAACAAGACAGUUUAUGGAUAUAUUAUUGCAUGAUACACCAAGUAUAAUUACACAUGAGAGCAUAAUAAAUUUUGAAAUUGACAUCAACUAUUUAAAGGGCAUUAUUCCUAGGAUUUUUCCUUCUACACCGGGUAUUAUAGAUAGUAAUGGGUACCAGUCACCCAUGACGCCUUCGACACCCACAUUUCCAAAUGCAAACAGUGUUGACGCUCCAACAUUAUUUGAAAAUAAUAUUAAAUCAUUGGAGGCUACAUUCAUGGAAUUGAAGCAGUGUAUAGAGUUACUGAAGGCUCAAGGCAAAGGCUACAAUGAACCGGAAAUAAGAUUAAGAAAAUAUUCAAGAAUCAGAAAGGAAGAUGCGGCUCUCUUAUUAAGCAAGAUUGAACGCUCUGCAACAUCUAAAGAUGGAGCUAACAAUGACGAUAAUAGCACUAUGGAUAGUAGCAGCAUAUUCAACCCUGAGUCAGCGAAUGGUACAGACUCCAAUGCAAGCAGGAUUGCGAAAUUUUUUAAUAGAUCUUGA